AUGUACGCCUUUCUCUCGGCGCUGCCGCCCGCGUGGCACACGACGCCCAUGGCCGCGCUCGCCACACUCUUCGAGGCCAUUCGCAGCCGGCGGCUCAAGAACACAAACAUGGGGUGUCUGUGGCCCGACCUCAACUUGCCGGAUACGAUCUUGAACGACAAGGAGCUCGUUGACGCCGCGCAAGCUUGCACGCCGAUGCUCGCGCAGCUCGACGCCACUGCCCAGCUGCACUGCGAGCUGCGUCUUCCGCCAUCGGUUCACAUUUCCAAGCAAGUUGUCUCGUUCAGUGAGCUCCAAUGCGCAGUGUCCUACUGGUCACAACAACUCGCGUCGCUAACAGUGACCCGGACGAAUGACCAGAGGUCCAUCCAACUAGUCUGUGACGCGCUGCGUAGCCUGCCCGCGCUCCGUCGGCUUGUUGUCUUGUGGCAUCCUGCCGCACAGCCAAAGGAGACAUUGACGCUGCUUGAUGCGCUCGAUUUCUCCAACGUCACGGAGCUGAGGCUGCAUUACAACUUGGCGAACCCGGUGCAGUGGACCGCGACCGAGGUCAAGGCACUUGUGCGGUGGCUUCAAGCCAAGCCCGUCACCUCCAUCAGUCUCGUGGAUGUGUCGAUUAAAGCGGCGGACGCAGAGACCCUCGCACGCGCGCUGCUACAGUCGCAAACGCUCAAGUCCCUCCACGUCGAUGGCGGGCAACUGCAGCGCACGCUCUUCAACCUCGGGUUACCGCUGCCGAACCAGCUCGAGUCGCUCAACACCUACGUGCGGCACGUCGACGACGUGCUUGGCUUGACGCAGACGAUCGCUGGCUCCAAUUUGUGCGAGUUGGAACUCGGUACGCGAGUCCCGUUUGAAACGGCCGUGGCUAUGAACCUCAUGCACGCCAUCACAAGCCUCCCGCGACUGCGGCAUCUCUCGAUGGUUCACACGGCGCUGCCACUGCCGUCGGUCGUGCGACUGAGCGAACGGCUACCAAGCCUUACGCGUCUACGCUUGUACAACACGCAGCUUGACGACUAUGGCAUUUUCGUGCUCGCAAGCGCCCUGCCAAAGUGCCGUCAUCUCGAGACGUUGCAGAUCGGGAGCCAAAAGUGCUCGCACGUCGCUUGGGCGCAUUUAGCGAGGGGUCUCGCGCAGUGUCGGCCGCUCAAGCAGCUCAGCUUGAGGGACAGUGACAUUGGGUCGCGCGGUUUUAUCGCGUUGCUGCCCGUUUUGCGCAACCUCGACAACGUCAAGCUCAUUCAAUGCGACAUCAGUGACGAUGGUGCGCUCGCGCUUUGCCACGUCAUGGACGCCGCGGACGGACUCUUUGAGCUCACGUUGCACGGGAAUCCAUUCUCCAAGGGCGCAGUGAACCACAUUGUCCGAGCCGUCUUGAAGCGUCUGCCUCGGUGGGGCAAAAUCGGUCUCACGGUAGAAAGGUGAAGAGCGGGAGAAAGGCUGCAACGUACCCCGAAACCCAUCGUGGUGGCCUAUGUAUGAUUACGUGACUGUGAAAUAUAUCUAUGUAUAAAGUCUC